ACAAGCAAACCACUCCCUAAUAGUUACAAGGGAGAUCAAUCUCCUUUAAUUCUUUCUCUUUAUAUCACUUGCUCCUCCGGUUGCGGUUCAUCGCACUUAGCGUCCAUCUCCGUCACCCUUUACCGAGCAAUAUUAGAGGACAUUAUCGUUUUCUUUCUUUUCAUUCUUUCUGUUUCUGAUUAAGCCCCUAAUCUUUUCUUCGACAAUGGGUCGAAAAAAGAUCCCCAUCGCAAAGAUAAAAGAUGUUGCUAGGCUUCAUGUUACCUAUUCGAAGCGUAAGUAUGGUCUUAUUAAGAAAAUUUACGAGAUCUCGCUGCUCGCUGAUGUCGACGUUGCGUUCAUAUCAUUCUCACAAGCUGGGAGAUUAGCUUCAUUUUCCCGCGCGAAGAGAGUUGAGGGUGUUUUCGAGCAAUAUACAAAGUCACCAGCAUUUGAAGAGAAGCAUAGCUCAGAGGAACAAGAGCGAAUUUUGCGCGUUCUGGAUGUGAUGAGGACGCAAAAUGAAGCAAACGUAUCCGACGAUGCUGAAAUCAAAGCCCUUCAAGAGGAAGUUCAGAUGAAAGAAGAGGAGUUGAAGGAAGCAAAAGCGAGCCUCAAGAAGUUUGAGAUUGAUAAUGCGGCAUCUAUCACUUCGAUUUAUGCAAUCAAAGCACGUGAAUUAAUUCUGAUUAAUUUGCUGCAACGACUUUCAGAUAAAAAGAAAUUCUUGAAUCAAACUCCCCCUCAGCUGGAUGAAGCAUCAAAUAAUGAGAGCUACCACACACGAAAUCAAACUCGUAACUACGAAAAUGAAGCACCGCAAAUUGCCAACCCUUCAGACAUAAAUUCAAUACAACAGAGAGAGUCCAACUUACAUGAGCAGAGGCCGCUUUCGCAGCCAAUAAACAAUGCCUCUACUCCAAAUCUUCCCCAACCUGUACCACAGGAAGGAGAUAUGGAUGCUAACCAAGCACAACAAAUGGUGCCAACUGAGGAUGAAUGGUCAGCAUACUUCGGUGAAAUGGAAGAUUUCCAAAGCUUCCUAGAUAAUUUUGACUUUUAAAAAACAAGAGCUACAUAUUGAUCAUGUCAGAGAUGCCAUAAUAAGGUUCAUUUUCAUGAGGAUGGUUCCUUUAAGUUUUCCCUUUACAGACAUAGCUUUAUUCUAGCAGGAACUGCUUUCCUAGAAACACUUGCUAGCUGGAAAAUGCACCGUUGCAGGUUCUAUGACAUCUGAAAUAUUAAAGCUUCAUAUUUGCAACUGCCGUUUGAUAGCAGAACAGCGGAAGUUUUUGCA